GCGCCAUGGAUCCUCAUCCUGCCCCCACCAUCCAUGUCCACAAUGCUGUCAUUCUUCACACUCGAGUCAGCCAUCAGCCAUCACAACGCCAGCACGCCUCACUCUCGAACCCACUCAACUACUACCAUCCACCCAAUCACAAUCACGGAUAUCACAGUUUCCACUGUCAACACCACAUUACUACUGCUCGCCACGAUUGUACAUACAUACCAGCCAAGCAGCAACCUAAUCUCAAAACCAAGCCCCAAUCUCGUCUCUCCUCUCUCUCUAAACAUUCCAAGCUAACCUGUCUCCAGCCACACGACAUCUAUCCCUUAGAUC